AUUUGAUUUGUUGAAUGUGUAGUUUUGUGUCAUAUUUUGUUUCUUAGUUUAUAUUAAAAAAGUCACCUACCUGCAAAUUUCAAUAUAAAUAAGCUAAUUGAAAUUUUUCUAAGCAAUAUUCGAAAAAACCAAAGAGCGAAAUCAAGUGUAGAUAACAAGUGUUAUUGUUUUUCUGCAACAUACGUUUUUUUUUUAUGAGGUAGACGUCUGAAAAGUAUGGUAUGGGGUACUGCUCACCGAAGUGCAAAGUGUGGACCACAUUUUCUAUUUCCAUUCUCCUUUUUGUAAUUGGGUUACUGACUUCAAUCUUCUGGCAUGACUCAUAUGGCAGAUAUCUUAGGCAUCAACUUACAGUGUCGGACAGUAAAACACAAGGUUUUAAAAACUGGAAAGAAACUCCAAUACCGAUGUACCUUGAAUUUUACAUGUUCAAUUGGACCAAUUCGGAAGAUGUUAUAAAAUACAGAGCAAAACCCAAAUUUCAAGAAUGCGGCCCAUAUGUGUAUUAUGAACACCACAUACGACAGAAUGUAACUUUUAAUAAUAAUGAUACUGUUACUUAUAAAACCCAAAGGAUUUGGAAGUUCCAACAAGAUAUGAGUACUGGAUCUUUGGAUGAUAACAUAACCACUUUAAAUCCAAUCGCUGUGUUUGUUGCAAACAUGGUAAAAGAUGAGCAUUACCUAGUAAGAAGAGCGGUUAAUUUUUUCUUUGAAGAGAAGGAAGUUUACCUCACUAUCACACGAACCGUGGAUGAAUUUUUGUUUAAAGGAUACAAUGACACUUUGUUGAAUAUUGCCCUGAAGCUCAAUAUCUCCAACUUAAAUUUGCCUUAUAAGACUUUUGGCUGGUUUGUAAAUAGAAAUGGAAGUAUAGAUUUUGAUGGAGUGUUCAACAUGUAUUCUGGUGAGCAUGAUGGAUCUAAACUUGGAAUCAUAACUCAGUGGAAUUAUGAACACCAAACCAGCUACUAUCCCGGCGAGUGUGGGAUAAUAAAUGGAACUUCAGGCGAAUUGUGGUAUCCCCCAAAAGGUGAUGAAGAGGUUUCCCUAUUUGCACCAGAUCUCUGCAGCAACGUACAACUGCAUUUAAACGGCACCUACGAAGCUUACGGCCUCGUAGGCGACAAAUAUAUAGCCCGCGACGACGUUUUCGACAAUGGAACAUUUUAUCCGAAACAGAAAUGUUUUGCCAAUGGGUACCCAACAGGAUUGAGAUCUGUAUCUAAGUGCAAAUACAACGCCCCGGCUUAUAUGUCCUUUCCCCACUUUUAUCUCGCGGAUCGGCAUUAUGUCGAACAAGUGGAGGGAAUGAACCCGACCGCCGCAAAUCACACCACAUAUCUUUCCCUCGAACCUGAUACGGGAGUUCCCUUGAACGUUUUUGCCGCAUUUCAGCUAAACCUGUUGAUGUUAAACAUCGCUGGCAUCAACAUAUUUUCAAAUGUUACGACUACGAUGAUUCCCAGCUUUUGGUUCUGUCAGCGAGCGGAAAUAUCAAAAAGCUUGGCACUUUUGACCCGAUUCCUCCUAAUCUUGAGGAAACUGGUGACCUAUAUAGGAUAUGGCCUCAUUGGACUUUCGUUGGGGCUCAUGUUUUUCUUUGGGUACUUGGUGUAUCGGGAACGAUCCAAAAGUAAUGAGGAAGAAGAGUUGCUCGCCGAUUCGUCAAACUAAUUUUCAAAUUUGAAUUUUUCAUGCUGUGCCAGUGUCUAUCGUGCCUGAGGAUGAGGAGACGUUUUGUACUUGAACUUUGGAGCAUAACUUAUUGGUACUUAGUAAUUUUUACUCAUUUCGGUGAUAUUAUGGAGAAGCCAUUGUUAUUAAUUUUUGUUGAAUUUUUACUACUAGAAAAAAUAUUACAUAAUAUAUCUGUGAUAUCGAAUAAAAUAUUGAAAUUUGAGAAUGUAUUAGACUAUAUAAUGUUGUCUCCAUUAUGUAUUUUUUUAAUUUUUAACUGGUCUUUAUUGACGG